GCAGGAAGUGGCGCGGGCGCCAUAUUUGGAGUCAGCGCGCAGUUUGUGGAGCAGCGGCGACGGCGACGACGGGAGGAGGAGGAGGAGCGGGGACAGUGGAGACAGGCCGGGGAGAGACAGCGCCAGCAACAGCACCAGCGACGGGCAGCGGGGUUAGUGGACAGGGAGCCGACCCCGGGCAGCCAUGAACCCGCAGGGCCGGGCCCCCGUCAGCGGCGACAUCCUGAGGAAGAAUCCGCAGCUGGACUUCGAGCUGAUCCAGAGGGUGGGCAGCGGCACCUAUGGAGAUGUCUACAAGGCAAGAAAUUUGCAGACUGGAGAGUUGGCUGCAGUUAAAAUUAUCAAGUUGGAACCAGGAGACGACUUUUCCGUGAUACAGCAAGAAAUAUUUAUGGUCAAGGAGUGUAAGCAUGCCAACAUUGUGGGCUACUUUGGAAGCUACCUCAGCCGUGAGAAGCUGUGGAUCUGUAUGGAAUACUGCGGGGGUGGAUCUCUCCAGGAUACGUACCAUGUAACCGGACCGCUGUUGGAACUGCACAUAGCUUACAUCUGCAGAGAAACCUUACAGGGUCUGGGUUAUUUACACAGCAAAGGAAAAAUGCACCGAGACAUAAAGGGUGCCAACAUUCUACUGACAGACCAUGGGGAUGUAAAGUUAGCUGACUUUGGUGUGGCGGCAAAAAUCACGGCAACCAUUGCCAAGAGGAAGUCCUUCAUUGGAACCCCUUAUUGGAUGGCUCCGGAGGUUGCUGCGGUCGAGAAGAACGGUGGAUACAACCAGCUGUGUGACAUCUGGGCGGUGGGCAUCACAGCCAUUGAGCUGGCUGAGCUGCAGCCUCCAAUGUUUGACCUGCACCCCAUGAGAGCACUGUUCUUGAUGAGUAAGAGUGGAUUUCAACCACCCAAGCUGAAAGAUAAAAUGAAGUGGUCUGCAACAUUCCAUGCUUUUCUCAAAAUAGCACUGACAAAAAACCCAAAGAGAAGGCCGACAGCUGAGAAGCUGCUGACUCAUGCAUUUUUAAUACAGCCGGGCUUGAACAGGUCAUUGGCUGUGGAUUUGUUGGACAAAGUAAAUAACCCUGAAAAUCACCAUAUUUUCAAUGAGCCGGAUGAGGAUGACCUCGAGCCCCGCUCAGAGGUUCCUCACACCAUUCGCUCCACCAACAAGAAUACAGGAGCCGAACGGACGCAGUCAGAGAUCAACUUUGACAAACUGCAGUUUGAACCUCCCUUGAGGAAGGAAACCGAGGCUCACUGUGAGAUGGAGAUUACCAAAGAUGUCGAGUUUGGUUCGUCAUGGAGUCCAUUUGCAGAUGGAGGAAACAGGGUACACAUAGCGCACCAAGAGGAGGAUCUUGACAAUGUGCUGUCCACACUUAAACAAGCAGUUUUGGUUCCUCCUCCGCUUCCACCAAAGCCGAGAUUGCACAGCGUUUCUGAUCUUCCAGAUGAAGAGAGGUCACUGACGGUCAAGAGGCAGGCUGGUGCCAAGAAUGGGCCAUCGGUGGUGCCCAGGAGACAGAGUACUCCCACCUCCCUGUACCAAUCGGAGAUGCUGCAGUCGUCUCUCCCCAGCAGUGUCAGUAGCCCAGGACUGCUCGACACCAGAGCCGGUGACUUAGACGGCGCUUCAGGUCUAAACGAUGAAAGUUCUGAACAUCCUCCUGUGUUACCUCGAAGAAAAGAAAAGAGAGAUUUCCCGAAACCAGCCACCAAUGGCCUUCCUCCAACACCAAAAGUCCAUAUGGGAGCCUGCUUCACAAAGGUAUUUGAUGGAUGUCCUUUGAAGAUAAGCUGUGCGACCUCGUGGAUCCAUCCGGAGACAAAAGACCAGUACUUAAUCUUUGGAACUGAGGAAGGCAUCUAUACGUUAAAUCUGAAUGAACUUCAUGAAGCUUCAAUGGAGCAACUUUUCCCCAGAAGAUGCACAUGGCUGUAUGUGAUCAAUAACAUUUUGAUGUCUUUAUCAGAAGGUAAAACGUUUCAGCUCUAUUCACACAACCUGGUUGGCUUAUUUGAACAGGCAAAGAAGCCAGGCCUGGCAUCUCAUAUUCAAACACAUCGGUUUCCCGAUCGGAUAAUACCUCGGAGAUUUGCCUUAACCACAAAAAUUCCUGAAACUAAAGGUUGCCACAAGUGUUGUAUUGUGCGUAACCCGUACACUGGGUGGAAGUACCUGUGUGGAGCCCUGCAGUCCGGCAUCGUUCUGCUGCAGUGGUACGAACCCAUGCAGAAAUUCAUGCUGAUUAAGCAUUUUGACUUCCCGCUGCCGAUCCCACUGAAGGUGUUUGAGAUGCUGGUGGUGCCAGAGCAGGAGUACCCGAUGGUGUGUGUGGCCAUCAGCAGAGGCAGCGAGCCCAGCCAGGUGGUCCACUUCCAGACCAUAAACCUCAACUCCUCCUCCUCCUGGUUCACCGAGAUUGCUUCAGCUACCUGCCAAUUGGACACCAUCCACGUCACCCAGCUGGAGAGGGAUACAGUCCUUGUCUGCAUGGAUCAAAAUGUCAAAAUUGUAAAUCUACAUGGUAAACUGAAGUCGAGCAAAAAACUGGCGUCGGAGUUGAGUUUUGACUUCUGCAUUGAAUCCGUGGUCUGCCUGCAGGACAGCAUACUGGCCUUCUGGAAGCACGGUAUGCAGGGAAAAAGCUUCAAGUCAAAUGAAGUGACCCAGGAGAUAUCUGAUAAAAGCCGAGUGUUUCGCCUCUUGGGAUCGGAUCGGGUGGUGGUUCUGCAAAGCCGGCCGACAGACAACCCCAUGGCCUACAGCAACCUCUACAUCCUGGCCGGCCAUGAAAACAGUUACUAAGCAACGGCAGGGCCCUUCAUCACCAGGGAUUGCUGUGUGAGCCGGGACAAACAUGAGCCGGCUCCAAACAAGGAAGAUUCACCGAGGGAACUGUUAGUUGUCAGCAUGGCUGCUGCGCUCUUGAUUUAUUCAACUUCUGACUUGUAUGUAACUCUUGUCAUGAGGUGGAUUUUCUAAGCAAGCCCCGUAAGCUUGGUGACUGGAUGUGGCUUAUGAAAAUAUGCAGCCACUGUGUGGUUGGUCUAUUGUAUAAGAUUUGCUUCAUAAAAAGCCCUGGCUAACAGCAACUUUGUAAACCGCAACAAAGGCCUAAUUUCUAUUUGUACAGAGUGAAAAUAUUCAGAAAUCCUCAAGUGCCACAUUUUCUAAUACUUUUUCCUCAGGGCUUUCUAUUUUAAAAUUCCUUGCACCAACAUUUGAUAUUUCCACCCGUUCUUUAUAUUGUGUGAUCUAAGUCUACUUUUAGUACUAAAUUUACAUGUUGCCCGAUAGUGUGACUCUUUAUUUUAUAGGAUUUUUAAAGGCAUCAGCUGCAGGAUUGUACAGCUUAAAAAUUUCUGCCACGGUAUAAAGUUAAACUGACUAUUUAAAUGCUUUAUUUAUUAAUCUGCCAAUGGUAUUAAAAUUAUAUUCGCAGGGACCAGGGUGAGACAUCUUUUAGUUACAUUUGCAUUGCAUUGGUUUGGGCUAUAAGGGAGGAAAAUAUGCUGUUCGACCUGUUACACUUAAGCACAGUGUAGUAUUUAAUUUAAUCCUUCAAUUCUUACACUCCCUUAGUAUCUGCACUUUUUUGUACAACUUUGAAAUUGGAAGGCUUAGCUGUAUAGAGGCUAUCGUAGUUUAAGCAUUUUAAUCUUUUCAUAUGUAUAUUGAAGGUGUUUUUGUACAAGUGUAAUAAUAGAUAUUAAUAAAACAGGUGAAAGUUAAUAAUAAGUCUACUUUAAACAAAAAACUAGCUAAAAUUCUCCUGACUCUUUGACUCGCUUGUUUGGGAAACAUCACAUCUAAUUUGUUGGUAGACAAAAGUGCUGGAGAA